AUGUCCGAUGAUAUCAUCGCAAAAACGAUUAUCAAAAUACCGAAAGUUCAUGUUUUAGGACAAGCUGCGGUACGAUGCAUGUCAUCUAGUCUCUUUGUAAAAAUCGGACGAUCAAGUACAUACCCAGCUAAGCAUGCCAUGCACAUCGCGCCCAAGAUUGGGUCUGUACAUCCAUUAAGAGCUAACGGUCAUUUUGGAAGAAACAUUGGAGAUCCUACGACCGAGGAAGCUAAUGUCAUUUUGAAAGAGCAAGAAUCCUGA